CUGCUCCAGGACCUUGCUCCCGACGUCCGCGAUGGACCUUUGCGUCCCUCGGAAUAUAGCCUGGGUACGACCGACUUUCAUGCCAGCCAAAGUCCAAAUAUACGGCGCCCCGACGUCAGACGACCGAGUGACAGCGUCUUCGCGAUCUUAUCAUCCGCCCUGAGAUCGCCAGUCAUCCUCAUCCCCCACAAUGCCCCUCGGAACCAGCAAAGUAUUCCUCGUUACCGGGUCCAACACCGGUAUCGGCUUUGAGAUCGUCAAGCAGCUCGCCCAGGCUGGACACACCGUCUAUCUCGCUGCACGCAGCAUUGAGGCGGGGAAGAAGGCCCAAGAGGACCUCACCAAGGAGGGCCUCAACGUGAAGUUCGUCCACCUGGACGUGACCGACGCGCAGACCCUCGCUUCAGCCAAGAAGACGAUCGAGGAAGCAGAGGGCAAGCUCGACGUCCUCAUCAACAACGCCGGCGUCAGCUUCAUGAACAAACCCCAGUCCGCCCUCGACGUCGACGUCGACACCGUCCGCGCCACGUGCGAGGUCAACCUCUUUGGCCUCAUCCAGACCUGCCAGACCUUCCUUCCCCUCCUGCGCAAGUCCUCCCAGCCCGUCAUCCUGAACGUCACCACGGACAUGGCAUCAAACACCUACAUGGCGCGUGGGGACUCCAGUCUCCACGUCGUCGCGUACAACACGAGCAAGGCCGCCGCGAACUCGUAUACCAUCGCUCUGGCGCAUGAGCUGAAGAAGGAGGGCAUCAAAGUGAACACCAUUACCCCGGGUUUCACGACGACGAAGCUCAACGGUUUCGCGCCUGGUGGCAAGACGCCGCAGCAGGCAGCUACGGAUAUGCUGCCUUGGGCCCUGCUUGACAAGGACGGACCGACGGGUGUCUUCAUCGGACCGGAUGGGAAGACCGAGUUCCCUUGGUAAAUGGACGUUCAGGUGUAUUCGCAGCAAAAUCAGUAGACAUCCAAGUGUAUUUGUGUCCUGUAACCGUGAAUGGGAAGAGCAUCUCGAACCC